AGCCAAAGCCUGCAUUUAUAAACCAGGAAAAGGUCCAGAAGGAGGUGAAUGCUGUCCUGACAGAAAGUGCCACCCUCAGCUGUGAGGUAACACAGGAUGCAACUGAAGUAAAAUGGUACAAGGAUGGAAGACUGCUUGUUUCCUCUAGAAAAUUCAAAAUAGAAACUGUGGGCAAAACCCGGCGUCUGGUUAUAGAGCAGCUGGAGAAGAAAGAUGCUGGAGAAUACAUCUGUGAGGCUGCAGGCCAGAAGCUGACCUUCAGGGUGGAACCAACUGAACCAGAGGCCAAAUUUGAAAAGAAAGUUGUCCAGAAAGAGCCUCUCAUUGUUCAAGAGCAUGAAAGUAUCACACUGACUACUUCAGUGACACCUGAAACUGCUGCAGUAAAGUGGUUCAAGGAUGGAACAGAAAUCAAGGCGAGCAAGAAAUAUGAGAUCAAGAGUGAGGGGGCAUCCAGGACCCUGACAGUGAACCUGGCUGAGAGCACAGACACUGCUGUGUACACUUGCCAGACAAAGAGUGACAAGCAGGAGUUCAAAGUACAGGUGAAAGAAAUCCCAGUGAAGUUUGCCAAAAAACUUGAAGCUGUUAAUGCUGAGAUUGGAGGCAGCGUCUCUUUGACCUGUGAUGUGAGCCAUGCCAAAGGGAAGGUGAUGUGGCGCAGGAAUGGAGUUGAGAUCAAGCCCAGCAAGCGUUUCCAGAUUCAUGAGGAGGGGGUCAAACGAACCCUGACAAUAACAGGGAUCCGGGCUGAGGAUGAGGGAGAGUACUCCUGCGAGUCCAGAGAUGACAAGAGCAGCAUUACCAUCACUCCCAAAGCUCCCAGAGUGGUAAAAUUCGUUACAAGUCUCAACAGUGUGGUCUCUGAGGAAGGAAAAGAGGCUGUGUUCAAGUGCACCGUCUCUCCCAGUGAUGCUGUGGUCACUUGGCUCAGGAACGGUGUCAAGAUUGAAGCCAGCAAGAAGUAUGUGAUCUCGCAGAAGGACACCAGCCAUAGCCUCACCAUCACUGAUCUGACACUGGAAGAUGCAGCUGAAAUCUCUGCCAAUGCUGAGGGUGUAGAAAGCACAGCUAACCUCAGAGUCCGAGAGGCCUCAAUCUCAUUCAAGAAGAAACUGGAACCCAGAACAGUUGAAGAGAGGGACACAGUGACCUUGGAGGUAGAGCUGACCAAACCUGCAGAGGUGAAGUGGAUGAGAAAUAGCAUCGUAUUGAAGCCCGGUGAAAAAAUAGAGAUCAAAGCUGAGGGAACAAAGCAUACCUUGGUGGUUAAGGACAUCUCCUUUGUAGACAGGGGCUUCUACUGCUGUGAGAGUCCUGAUGACAAGACCCAAGCCAAGAUCAAUGUGGAAAUGAGGCAGAUCAAGCUGGUGAAAGGCCUUCAGCCUCUCGAAGUCUCUGAGAAAGGGACCGUCACCUUUGAGGUGGAGGUGUCGCAUGAGGACGUGGAAGGGACCUGGCAGAAGGAUGGCGUUCGGCUGAAGCCUGCACCGAAUAUCAGUAUUAAUGUCCUGGGGAAGAAACAUUCACUGACUCUUUCUUCAGUGGCUCUUGAGGAUGCAGGACUUAUCUCCUUCAAAGCAGAUGGCAUUCAUUCAUCAGGGAGGCUCACUGUGGCAGAAUUGCCUGUAAGAAUCAGCAAACCUUUGGUAGACAUCAGUGUAACUCAGAAAGACAAGGUCACAUUCGAGUGUGAGCUGUCCAGGCCCAACGUGGAUGUUAAGUGGUUCAAGGACGGAAAGGAGCUCCGGCCAAGUAAAAAAGUGGGGAUUAGUUCCCAGGGAAAUAAGAGAAGCCUCAUUAUUCAAAAGUGUGAAUAUGAAGACCAGGGAACCUAUACGUGUGAAGCAGCUAAAGACAAGACAUCAGCUACCCUAAAGGUUCACGCCCGAGAUAUCAAGAUUGUUAAACCACUGGAAGAUGUGGAAGUAAAUGAAUAUGAGAGUGCGUCCUUCGUCUGUGAGAUUUCACAUGAUGAGGUCCAAACCCAAUGGUACAAAAAUGACAACAAGCUGAAGGCUGCCGACAAUAUUAGAAUGCGUCAAGACGGAAAGACCUAUUCGCUGACGUACACGCGUGUCCAAGUCGAAGAUGCAGCAGAGAUCAAAUUUGUAGCAGAAAAGGCAGAAUCUCGUGCCCAGCUUACUGUAAAGGAGCUGCCUGUAAAAAUUGUGAAGCCUUUGCGAGAUAAGAUUGCUCUUGAAAAACAUCGGGGAUUCCUGGAGUGCCAGGUGUCUCGUGCCAAUGCCAAAGUUAAAUGGUAUAAAAAGGAUGUUGAAAUUCACCCUAGUGACAAAUACGAAAUAGUGAGUGAUGGUGUCUAUCGGAAACUCAUCAUCAACGACGCAGAUUAUGAAGAUGAGGACACAUACACUUGUGAUGCCUUUGAUGACAAAAGCAGCGCUAAUUUCUUUGUUGAAGAGCAAUCCAUUAAUAUUGUAAAGGAGUUAUGUGAUGAGGAUGUGACUGAGCCUGAAGAAGCCAAGUUUGAAUGUGAGAUAUCCAUUCCAUCAGUGAAACCCCCCAAAUGGUCUCUCCGUGGAGAAGUCUUACAGGCUGGCAGAAACAUUAUCAUGCAGCAAGAAGGCACCAUCCACCGUCUGACAAUAGUGAAAACCAGUGCUGAUAUGUCAGGCACCGUUCAGUUCUCCAUUGGCAAAUCAAAAUCCACAGCAAACCUGCUUGUCAGAGAUUACCACAUACAGAUCACCAGGAAGAUGGAGGACAAGACAGCUCUGGAGCGCCAUUCAGUCAUCCUGUCCUGUGACUUCAAGCCUUCUCCGAAGGUUGUAAAGUGGUUCAAGGGCCACACACCCAUCGAGUCCUCCGAGAAGUACAAAAUCAAGAGGGAGCAGCAUUCGGCAGAGCUCAAGAUUUUGAAGGUGAAGCCUGAAGAUGCUGGUGUGUACAAGUGCAGGGCUGGAAAUGCCGAGACUGAAGCCACGUUGAGCGUUGAAGCCCGCAAUGUAGAAGUACUCAAACAUCUGCAGGACGUGGAAAUUGAAGAAGAGAGUUCCGCUGUCUUCUCCUGUGAGCUGUCCCAUGACGACGAGGAUGUGGAAUGGUUCCUCAAUGGCACCCUCCUUUACACCAACAAUUUCAAUGACAUCAGGACCGUUGGCAAUUGCUACACGCUGACGAUGAAGCAGGUCAAGCCUGAGGAUGCUGGUACAGUGACAAUGAAGUCAGACAAGGUGUCAGAGACUGUGCGUCUGAAGGUGAUAGAGAAGCCUGCUGUCUUCAUGAAGUCCUUGGAUGAUGUUUUUGGGGAGGAGCGAGGUGUGAUUAAACUGGAAUGUGAAGUCUCCAAAGAGAAGGUCAAACCUGUUUGGAAAAAGGAUGGCGUGAAGCUUACUUCUGGUAACAAGUAUGAGCAGAUACAGUCUGGGAAGACUCUGUGCCUCCUUAUCCAUGACCUUGAAAAGACAGAUGCAGGUUUAUACACAUGUGAUAUUGGCACUGAUGUUGCCAAGUCAAAGGUCACUGUUCAGG